AUAGCCUCCACUAACAAAAAAGAAGGGGAGAGCGAGACAAUGGGUGGCGCAGUUAAAUAGGGGGACACCAAAUCUCUGGGCUCAUCUGUGAUCUGUCCAUCCUGCCUCUGCUGUGGUCGCGCCACGUCCUGCCUCUGACACUGUGAGAUCUCAUCUGCAGGAUGCCUGAGCAUAUGCAAGAGAGGAAACCAAAGAUCUCAGCUUCUAGAAAGCUGAUGCUCAAGAGCCUCAUGGUGGCAAAGGCCAAGGAGGAACUGGAGCAGGAGAUCCUCGUCAAAGAGGAGGAGAAAGAGAAGUACCUGGCCGAGAGGUGUUCUUCUCUAAACACCAGCGGACUGAGCGUUUUACAGCUGCAGGAUCUCUGCAGAGAGCUCCAUGCUAAGGUGGAUGUGGUUGACGAGGAGCGGUACGACAUUGAAGCCAAAGUCAUGCUCAACACCCGUGAGAUUAAAGACCUGAACAUCAAGGUGUUGGACCUCAGGGGGAAAUUCAAGAGGCCUAAUCUUCGACGUGUUCGUGUUUCUGCUGACGCCAUCCUCCGCUCGCUGCUGGGCUCCAAGCACAAAGUCUCCAUGGACCUCCGAGCCAAUCUGAAGUCAGUCAAGAAAGAGGACACUGAGAAGAAGAGGCCAGUGGAGGACAGUGACUGGAGGAAGAAUGUGGAGGCCAUGUCGGGGAUGGAGGGAAGGAAGAAGAUGUUCGACGCCGCCAAGGGUCCUGCCCAGUGAAGCCAGAGAGUGUCACAUGACAUCAUAGUUUGUUUUGUUGUUUUUUUUUUUUUUUCAACGCUUUGUAGACCGUGUGCUUUAGUGUAGGAGGGGUGGGGAGGUGUCCUCAUUCCACUGAAAGAGUUUCUUUCUGCCAUGUGGACUUGUUCUCUUAACUGAAUUUUUAAUGCACCUUAACCCCAGAUACUUAGGCUUACAUUAGUAUUUGUACAGAAACACAACCUGCAAAAAAAAAAAAACUAUUACCUUGUGCUGUGUGCCAAUAAAAACUAACUCAAAAAACAUUCUUUGCUUUUCACGUGUGCUGCCAUAUUCAAUGAUGAUCCAUGGCCACAAGUAAAAUCUCAUUUUAUGUGUUUAAAUUAAUAAAAAAAUUACAUCUGA